AUGAAUCUUAUUGCUCGGUGCAAGUAGUUCCGCCAGCUCCUCACCAACGACUGCAUCAUGGUGCCUGGCUGCUUCAACGGCCUCAUUGCUCGUCUGGCUGCUCAGCACGGGUUCAGAGCCAUCUACGUAUCGGGAGGAGCCCUCACUGCCUCCUCAGGAGUCCCAGACAUCGGCCUAAGAACCCUCAGCGAGUUUUGCUCAGUCAUCAAGGACGUCUCCACCUUCUCCAACCUGCCCGUGAUCGCCGAUGCAGACACAGGCUUCGAGGGUGAAAUGUGUGCCAGGACCGUCAGCGACUUCUUUUACUCGGGAGCCUCAGGACUUCACAUAUAGGACCAAGUUUUCCCCAAGCGUGGGCAUCUCAACGGUAAGGAACUCAUUCCCACCCAGCAAAUGGUGGACAAGAUCAAGAUUGCAAGGUAGACAUCGGUAAAGGUGUCAGAUGGUGAGUUCAUCAUCUGCGCACGCACUGACGCCAAGGGAGUAUAUGGACUCGACGAGUGCAUUAAUCGCUCCAAAAAGUAUAUCGACGCAGGAGCCGACAUGAUAUUCCCUGAAGGAUUAGACACUGCAGAGGAGUUCAAGGUUGUUGCCAAGGAGCUCAAGAACAAGAGCAGUGUCUACCUGCUUGCCAACAUGACUGAGUUCGGAAAGACCCCCUACAUCGACAUCGGUACCUUUAAAGAGUACGGCUACAACUGCGUAAUCUACCCCGUCUCCACCCUACGAGUGGCCAUGAAGGCAGUUGACCUCUUCUUCAAGGAUCUGCAGCAGAACGGCAGCCAGAAGGGUUUCGUCGACAAGAUGCAGAGCCGCAAGGAGCUCUACGAUCUGCUGAGAUAUACGCCGGCAAGGAGUGGCAUUACCCCGAAAACGAACGCAAAAAACAGGGGAGACCCUGUUGAAGGCGCCUCCCACUGCAGAGCCGGAGGCCACUUCUCCUUCGAUUUUCUACAUAUCCUGCGUAUUCUUUUCUACCUGUUGGUGGUGGUGAAGCUAAUUGAGCUUUCCUUCCUGCGUCGGAAGAAGCACUCGCUGAAGGAGCGCGUCUACAGGAAGUUUCUGUUCGCCCACCAGGAGCUGCUGAAGCAGUUCACCGACGAAGAUAAGUCCAGCAUGGAGCAGACCCUCAAUAACACCAUCAAAAACGCCACCAUCUAG